UGUCAGAACAGCAACACAUUUUCAUCAUAACCGAAAUAUGAGGGCAUACUUUAAAAAAGUUUUGUAUAGUUAUUUAAAUAUCCAACCUGAUUAAUUAAAGAGAAGCUUCAUUUGCCUAUUUCGACGUAUCCACCAGUAUAUGUAGUGUAGUAUAAAUAGCCUGCUAAAUCCUAUUCCAACAAACGUAGCGUAGAGUGAUGAGAGUUGACGAGUGGUGAUUGGAGUGGUCAGUGGACUGAUUUCUAGACACCGGUGGGGAGCAUCAUACGAUCUUACACACUGAUAUCGUGUAAAGAGGAUUAAAACAUGGUGUUCAAAAGUGAAUUUUACGGAGGAUCCUUGUUGCUAAAACCAUUAGCUGAUGCGAUAGGGCUUCCUAUUGAUCAGGUAAAGUAAGCAACUGACACAAAUCAAAUAAUAAGUUAAAAUUAUUGUUUACACUUAUUAAAAUGUCCACUCCAUGCCAUAAGGAUACAAUAUAUUUCACAUUACAGUUAAUGUAAUACUCUACACUCUUGUCUGUUAUCUAACCCCACCCCUCAGACAAUUGCUAAUAUAUAUUAUCAUUGUUAAAUUGAUAAGAAUAUGAUAUAUAUUAGAAGUAGAAGGCAGGACUGCCUACUAAAAAAACACAAUUUUGAAUUAUGGACCAUAAAUUUUUUUGUAUAUUUGGACUAUCCGUGCCAUGACAUUUCACAAGGCUGCCAUCUUGGUUGCCACGACCUAGGAAAGAUUACAAUUAUGACAAAAAGAGGGCGGCCGUGAACAAAAAAAUAGUGAAAAAUUCAUCAGUUUUUUAAACUGUAGAAAUGUAAAAAUUAGUAAAAAACAUACAAAUUUAAUGAAAUAAUUUAAACCGGUACAUAAAUUUCAUGGCGAGCAAUGCUACUUUAUUGUAUCCAUCUAGAUAUUUGGCAAGAAGUCUCAACAACCUGCGAUCGCCCCCUGUCAGACAUAAUUUCAAAUGGUCCUGGUCCAUGCUCAUUUCCCUAAACUACAACAUGAGUGCGGCUACAGUCAAGAAAAAAGUAAAAAUGAAGCAAAAAAGUACAAAAUAAUUUUAAAAUAAAAGAAAACCCAUCUUACAGUUUCAAAGAGAACACUUUUACACACUUUAUUUCAGAAUCCACCAAGAACAUAAUCCAAAAGUUGUCAGAAAAUUAAUAAAAUACAAUAUCAUACCCAUUUUCCAUAAUCCACGAAAAUUUGAAUAUUAUAAUUAACCAACCAAUGACAUUUUAAUUUAAAACAUUCCAUAGUCCUAUUAAAUAAAAGUUAACUCUAGUAGCAAUACAACUGGAAGUGAACCCAACACAGAAAAUUAACAUAAACAUGUAAAUGACGUCAUGGCGUGAGAUUGUUUAUUUAAAACAAAUUUUUAAUGGAGUUCUUUAAAAAUAAAAUUUCUAUGCUAUUUUUUUUUUCAGAUUGUUUUCUUGAUUGCAUUGAUUAUAAUGUUAAUUUAUUGCAUAACAUUCUCAGUCAUCAGUGUUGAAUUUCUCCUGAGUAUGAUCCUACAAGUUUUAAGCAGUAUGAACAAAAUCACACAAAUUGAAAUAUACCAUUUUUUAUCUAACUUCUUCAGACAUUUUUGUCCAAUGUUUCAUUAUUUUUGAGGAAAGACAUUUAUGGACAAGUCAUUGUAGGUCAAAUUUUGAGAACCAUGCAUCAGGGUUGGUUAUUUUUUCCUUGUUUAAAAUUUUAAAGUAAUAGAAGUUGUAGCAGAUGGUUAAGCCUUUAGGGCUAGGGGGAAUAUUUUUUGUUUGAAAACCUAUUCCCCUAUUACUAUAAUGCCAGCUAGAUUUGUGUUCACUUCCCAUAAUAGCAAAUAUUUUGGUCACACACAGACAGCCAGGGCCUAGUCUGUCUCCUUAUGAGAAUAUAAACUGCACUAUAAAUGCUUAUAUUAUAGGCCCUUUUAAUCUUUUUUUUAUACGCUAUUUACUGUUUUAAAGUAUAUUAUGUAAGUAACAUCAUAGAUAGUUUAUAUAAGAAAAUAGUAAAGUAUUCCUUUUAUCUUUAUCUUUAAUUAAAAGUACGUCCUUAUGACCAGUAUUUCAAUGUCACGCAUUUGUUUCAUUUACAAAAUUUAAAAUCACAUCUUAUUUUUCAGAUAAAUUUUCUUGUUUGUCAGCUUGUGGCUCUAACAUUAGCUUUUCCAUUCAGAAGUUAUCUUUCUGUUGAGAAGGUUGGAGUCAAGGCUCGACAUAUUGUUGAAACAGUUGUUGGUAUACUGCUAACACUGUUUUGCUUUGGAAAGUGAGUUUUUUCUUACUCAUUUUUAAGCCCCACAUCUUAAAAACUAUUUAAAUCUAAAUGGAAAGAGCCUAAUAAAUAAAACAAGACAUCUAUUUUUUUUAGGAAUGCCAUGCUUAGUUUGACAACACAUACAAAUUUGAAUUUUGAAAAAUAAUAAUUGUUGGCUCUUUUGUUUUGUGUGACAUGAAUUUGCUGUGCUUACAAAUAAUAUAUAUUAUUAGGCCAUUGUUUAAAAAAACAACUGAUAUAUUUCCCAGUGUUUUUAAUUCAAACUAGUAUUUAAUAAUGAUAUUUAGGUUAUUUUGAUGCCCGAGAUUUUUUUAACGUUAAGAUUCAGGAAAGCAUGAUGCAGAACCUUUGAAAGAUUUUGCAACAGGCCAUUUUCCAUUUCAGAGCAACUGUGGCCAAAAUAUGUCUACCUAGUGUAGUAAAAUUGCAAAAAUUGUAUAGAUUCAAGAGUCAUCUAAACAGACAAAAAACUUGUUUAUUAUCAUUUUGCAUUGUUUGCCUCACAACCAAGAAGUAACUGGUUGAAAUUUACCCAAGUUUGUCCCAGGCUUUAGGCUCAUAAGAAAGUGGAACGAACUUAAUGCCCCAGUAAGGCAGCUAUGCUUUAGUAGGGGUAAAACUUGAGUAAAAAAACAACAACCUGAAACACUAAGAUAUCUAAGACUAAAGAUAUCUUCUGUCUAUGCCUUUCCUACACACUAAAAAAUAAAGAUAUGUAUAUAGCCAAUUUUGUUAAGUUUUCUUACUUAAUACCUAUACUAUUUUUUUCCAAGUCAAAUAUGGCACCUCCUGUUCCAGUCUGUGGUCAGCUACAUUUGUCUGGCAUUUGGUGGUAAAACUUACAGUCAUGGCCUUGUAUUUACUUUCUCUAUGGUGUACUUGUCAGUGUGUCAUAUUUACAGACAAGUUUAUGAUUAUGGUGGCUACACGCUGGAUAUUACAGGGUGAGUCCAAAAGUAACUGAGGAUUAAAUACUCUUAAAUUCUUUGUCAUAGUUUUAAAGAAACCAUAGUAGAUUUUUUGAUGACAAGAAAUUAGAAAUUUCUUACAUCAAAAUGCAUAUAAUUUUAUUUUUUAGGAAUGUCUACAAAUUGUUUUUGGAAAUAAAGUCAACAAACUAAGUUAAAUAUAAUAGUUUUGCUUUUCACAAUAACUUCACACUAGUUAGGAUUUCCAGGACUUUUAAUUAUUAUUACUGAGAUUUUCAAAUAAAUUCAUAUAUACUUAAUCGGCGCGAUAUAAAUUAGUCAUACAAUAGGUAGAAUUUGUUGACAUGAGAAGAAAAUAUAAAUAAAUAACUUUGUUUUUAUAGAGUCAUUGGCAUGCUCUGGAAUUAUGAGUGUUAAAGAGUAAUGUAUCAUUCUCAGAUUUUUAAAAUAGUAUAUUUUAAAAAAAAAAAGGAAGCUUUUCUAAUUGAGGGCAAUCAGAUAAACAUUUGUAUACCCUUUACGUUUUGCAAGUCAAGUAGGGAGGUGACCCUUAACCCUUAGCCAGCAAGGCAAAGAUGUUUUUUCAUUAGCACAUCAUUUACUUUUGUAAUUAUAAAUCUACAUGUGCAUACUCAAUGUUAUUAUUAAGUUGACUGGUCUCCUGAUAAUUGUUAAUUAUCACCUUGCAGCCCACUCAUGAUUCAAACUCAGAAGUUAACUAGCCUGGCCUUUGCCCUACAUGACGGUAGAUAUAAAGAUGAAGCUAGGCUUUCCCCUGAUCAGAGAGAACAAGCUGUGAGGUAUGUGAAUGACUUACAAAGUAGGAAACACCCUUUUAAGUUGAGAAGCAUGAGAUAUUUUAGUGCUUUUAAGAGCAAUUUUUUGAAUGAUAAAAUGCAUUUAUAACGCUCCCAUUUAUUUUAACUACACUUAAAAAAAAACAGAAUUUACAAAACCUGGAAAAAAUAAUUCAUAAAAACAUUUUGAUUAACAAAAUAAAACAGCUUUCUGACAUGGUGAAAGAAAGUGAAAUAUAGUAGUAGCUCCCAGUAAACCUCUCAAAGAUCAGCAUAAGCAUUAGCUUAUGGAAUAUUACUUGUCUGAUAAGGAGGGUAGGAGAUCCUAAACAAAAACUUACAUGCAGACCUUAAAGUCUCACUAGAAAGAGGGAGAGAUAAGAGAAGCACAGACCACGAAAGCAGACCCACCAAUUAUUGGUAUAGGUAUCAACUAUAGUUUGCAUACAUACAAAUCAGUCACCAACAAUAAAUAUAAGUUUGCCAGCACAAGCUUUGUGGGCAUUAAGAAGAAACUACUGAAUACUGUACUGUGUCAAGUGCUGGUUAUGAAAAUGAGUUACUUUGAACGUUUCAACAAAAAUUUUAACUCCCGCUUAUGAUCUUAUAAAAUGUUUCAAUCUGACUGCUGAACAGAUGGGAAUGCAUUUUUAAAAACAGAUUUCUUAAAACCAAUAAUUGGUUUAAAAAAGAAAAUAGAAAAAGAUAUUAACAUCCCUAAUUUCUCCCCUGCCUCCAUCCACUUACACUUUUCUUUUAAUUAAUUCGGAUAAAAUUAAUUUUUUUACACAUGAUUGAACAUCUAUGAAUUAAUGGUUGAUUAUUUUACAUGCAGAGCUUAAAAAAUAGUAUAUUACUGAAAUACACACAUUUUAUGCACUGGGCAUAUAAAAAUACCCUAUGUGGAAACAAUUUUUAUUUUACCCACUUAGUGUUAAACGAUUAUCCGAAAAGAUUUGUUUUUAAAGCCAAAUAAUUUACUUUAUGUAUUUCAUUAUCUGACAGCAAUGAUAAUUUCAUAAUUGUCCUUGGUGAUGAAGUGAACAAUGUUCCAGUAUAAAGCAUUGACAUUAGUGUUUGUGGGGUUCAAAAUAUAAAAAUCUGAAGAGAGUAUUCAAAUAAAAUCAUUGGUAAAAAAUAUUAAACCACAUUUUGAGAGGCUGAUAAAUUAUACAUUUCCUCUCUGCAGAAAAUUGCCAAAUGUUCUCCAGUAUCUAAGCUACAUGUUCUACUUCCAUGGGAUCAUGGUUGGACCUCUGACAUUUUACAAUGACUACAUAGCUUUCAUUGAUGGCACCAACUUCAUCAAACCUGGAAACAGUGCUGUAAGUUGUUUCUUAUCAAUGCUAUUGACCAGGGCCAGGUGGUGGAGCACUAGUCAUGUCACAUGCUCUCACUAACUAUAUAUAUUCAUUUUUUUAACACAUAUGGUGUAAGCAGAGCCCAUGAGCUACUCUUUUAACUACUAUGCAAAGAGACUUUUACUAUUAUCCAAAAAUAAUGUUUUUUUAAAGAAAAAAAAAUUUGUGCAUUUGUUACUGUCUCAAUUUGUGUGCAUGUGACUGUUCUCUGUUUGUGGAAUUUGUGUGAGUAUGUCUCUUUGUGUGCAUGAUACAUUUGUCCUUCCACCUGGUUAUGAAGGAACACAGCCUAGAGAUUACAUAACAGUUAUGGAUGAUCAGUUUGUAAACUUAUAUACGAAAAAUCAAAGACUUCUUUACGUCUAAAUUAAGUUUCAAAAUUUCCAUUGCCCUUUUUUUUUGAGGCCUAAAUUAUUUUUUUUUACUACAGGGCGUAACGCAUCAAAGACAUCCAGCAGAACAUCUAAAUGUAAGUAUUGUCAAGACUAUCACUUUCAUUUCUUUCAGUGGCAAAGAAAAUAAAUAGACAGGAAAUCAAUGAAACACUAAUAAGUAAAUAGUCAUGCUUACUGUUCAUUUAAAUUUAAAAUAAAUAUGUUUGUCACUGUUAAAAAAGUGAAGAAGUUUAUUUUGAAGAAAUAUCAAAGACUAAAAUUAAAUCUAUACAACUACUAGACUUACUCAACAUAAACUAAAUGUAUUCGACUACUAGACGUACACAACAUAAAUUAAAUAGAAAGAUUGUUGGCAUCCAAAACAAUCCAUCCAUAACUGCUCUGUGACUUGUGUUUAAAGACAUUUUGUUAAAGUCCUCCGGCCCACUUCCCAUGUGUCCAUGUAUGCUAAAUUUCAAAUCUCUCAGCCAAUCUCCCUUUAGUGCAAGCACAUUUCAUUGAUGGUCACUUAAAGCAUUGAAGUUUCCCUGCAUCAGAACACUUUAAUAGUACAGUGGAAUUUUAGAAAUACCACAUUUAAAUAAGCAUUGAUGAGAAAAAUUUAAAAAAAAUAGUUUUAGCUUUUUUGACAAUUUAAAUGUUGUAACAAUUAUGGAGUUUAAAAAAAUUCAACUUUAACUUUUAUAAGAUUCCAAAUACCAGACCUGUUUACUCUUAGGAUUUUGGCGUACAAUGUUGAGGUGUAUACAUUAUAUAUUGUGUACAUUUAUUUUUUUACUAUUAAGAUAAUGUAUUAAACGAUUUUGGGAUCAUACUGUACGAUUUUUAAGAGUUUGAGGGUAAACAGGUCUGCAUAUAAUUCGAACCUAUUGGAAAAUUGAACUUUGAAUGUUAAUUAAACUCUAGAAAAUAGUAUUUCGGAAGCUGUUGGUGGCCUCAGCUUGCUGUUUGGGCAUGAUGAUUUUACCUGGACUUUGUUUCCCACCAGAGAAAAUUAAUAGUAAGUGUGAUACUGUUGAUAGAUUCACUUGUUGAGAUUUGAUGCUAAAUUUAUCCAGAUAUUACCAUUUAAUAAAGUUGUCAGCAUUUUUGCGCCUUUUGAUAUUUAGUAAUAUGGUCAGAAUUGUAUAUUAAGUUUCUUAAUGGUGUCAUGAAAAUUGGUAUAAAAAUGAUCAAUUUUUAAUAAUUUUGUCAUCAUACAUCAUGGAAAAACCUAUACAUUUAUAUUUUGACAGCAACAUAUCUCUUCACUGUUUAAAUGUCGUUGUGGAAAUUGCUUGUUACAUUUGUCAGCAAUAAAACAGAAUCUUUUGUCAUAAAUUUUCUUUAAAUGUUUGCUAAUACAGUUAAAACCAAGUCGUCCAGAGUCUGCUGCAAAACUUUGCUAUUAGUAUUUUGUAUGAAUCAGACUAAGGAAAUUAACAUCAUGUGUCUUCACUCUUAAUGUUACACAAAUAAGUGCAAUGCACAUACUCUCAAAAUAAAUUCUUUUCUCAAAUAACAAGCUUUAAAAAUCAAUGGCACAUGACUUAGAUGAUCAGUUUGAAUAAUUCAAGUCUAAAUUAGUGGUUACAAAUACAGAGGCUCUUGCCUAAUCACAUCAUUAAACUAAAAAUACCCUGUGGCUAUCUGAGAAGGAGAGUAAUAUUUAGAUGCACCUCCAAUUAAGGGUAUUUAUCUGCUGUUUGAUCAAUUCAAUACCCGAACUGAUAUCUCCAAUAUCUUAGGUUAGAAUAUUCAAUUCAAAAUUUAGAACAGCAAUGAGUUAUGGGCAUAUUUAUGUUCAACUCUUUAAAAAAAAUUCAAUUUUAAAUAUGCCUGUCAAAGUUUCUGUGAAAUUUGUUUAAAAUAGGUAGAUUUUUAAAUUUACACUUGACUUCUUGUAGGUAGUAUUAUCUUGUCGAGUUUUUAUUAUUUAGUAAUCAGGGUGUAAUGAAACUUGAUUGAAUGUAAUUUAAAUCGGUUUACUGUUGGGGUGGGGAGAGGGGGGGGGGGGAUCACCUAUUUCCUAACACAAAACUUCGCUUGUAUUUGUAACUUGAAGCGUGAAUUUAUUAAAUUGUUUUAAAGGCAAUUAAACUCACUAUUUUACAGCCCCUGAAUAUUACAGUAUGAAUUUUCUACAUAAAAUGAUCUAUAUAUUGGGAGUCAUGACAAUAGCCAAGCACAAAUACUACUUUGCUUGGAAACUGGGUAUGUUGAACUAUUUUUUUACCUGUUCAUUGAAACGCUAUGUUUUUACUUGCUUUGAAAUAGGACUUUACCCAACUACUUGUCUGAAUACUAUGAAGAAGGUUCAUUCAUCCCAGCAUUACACAAUUAUUCUUUUUUCCUUCUGAUUUCUUAUAAUGACAACUGUAUACAUUUAAUAAUCCUGAGUCUGGAUUCACAUUAGAAAAUUUUGAAACAACCCAUUUGUGGGUUUACAUUAGAAAAUCGGUAGGUGGAUCCUAGUUUUGGAAUUAUAUGGUCAUAUCACAUAUUUGGUUAGUUUAUAGCAUUUAUUAUUUAAAUCAGUACAGCUAGUUGAGAUUUUGGAUUAUUUAGUAACAUAAAAAUAAGGUGACUUUCCAACAUUAAGACUAGUAUUUCAGUGAAUUUAGUCUCUUCUCAUUCUCCUUUGCUAAUUGAUUGAAUGUUGAAAACAUGAAGCCAUAUUUUAUUAUUAAUAAAGCAGUCUGGAGAAAUAAACUGAAUAGUGCUGCCAAGCUACCGUUACUAUUAUGACAAAUAAUUAAUUCUAUUUCAUGGCCGCAGCCGAUGCUGUCAACAAUGCCGCUGGGUUCGGCUUCAGUGAUUUUGAUGCCCAGGGGAACCCCAAAUGGGAUCUAACAGAUAAUGUGCAUAUAGCUGGCGUGGAGGUAGGAGAUAUAUGAUGCAGUGAUUUCCUAAAACAUAUUACUUGGAAGUAUGUAUCAUAAGUUUCUAAUACAUUCAUUCAUCAAAUUUAUUCUUGAAAAUAUUUGGCAUUACUUUGAGCCAUAAUGACAAAUUGACUUUGUGACAGUACAAAUAUACAAAAGCAUACACAAAAUUAAAGAAAAAGUGAAGAGCUUUUUUUUUUGGACCAAUCUCAACUCCAUUUUUCACCUCGCCAGUUAUCCACUAGCCUGAAGGUGAACAUUGACAGCUGGAACAAAAAAACACUGACCUGGCUUCGUCGUAUGGUAUAUGAUCGCGCACCAUUUUCCAAAACAUUGGCUGUCUUUGCUUGCAGUGCAUUCUGGCACGGCUUCUAUCCUGGCUACUACUUAACCUUUGGAACAGGUGCUUUCAUGACUGUAGUAGCGCGAGAUGUAAGUAUGGUUAAAUUAGUUCUCUAACUCUUUGACUCCCAGGGGUAUUCUCAGCUUUACGAAGCAGUUUCAGACACUUUUAAACUUAAAUCUAAAUCCUAAGAUUAAAAUAAGAGAUAGACCCCCAAAUGUUGUAUAUCAUUGGCAAGGAAAUUGAAAGUACUUUUCUAUAAAAUGAAUUUGAUAUAAAUUUGGAUUAUUGAGUUAAAGUUUGUUGAAAAAAGCAAAGACAAAAAUGGAUUGAAAAAUUAAUUGAAACCAAACCUUUACACCGCUUCAGCUUUUUACCAAAUAAUUAUUAAAUCGUGAGUCGGUACAGUCAGCUUAUGGGACAGAAAUGAAAAAUCGAUGAGCCAGUACAAUGAGCAUAUGGUAGUCAAAGAAAUCUUACCUACAAUGAACCUUAAUGUGUUGGAUGUGACUGAUCCUGUUUUAAACAGCACAUGAAGGUUCCUUUGAUGCUGCUGACCAAUCAUCCGUUGCCAACAGAUGAUGGUACAUGUAAUGUAGCUACCUGAUCGAGUCUUAAACCACACCUGUAGGAGUGUCUGCAUCUUGAUGAAGGGGACCAAGUCUAUAUAAUUUUGAUAACUUAUUUUAUAUAUUAAGAUGCAAUAGUUUUCUCAAGAGAGUUUUCCAUAAAUUUGAGAUUGAUUUGAAUUCAUACAAUUUCGGACAAUUCUUUUAAUUAAUUUUUUUCUCUAACGCUGCAGGUCCGACGAUAUGUGCGGCCUUGGUUCCAGCAGUCAUCAGUUCACAAAUUUGCUUAUGAGAUCAUCACUUUCACAGCAACUCGCUUCGCCAACUGUUACAUUUGUUUCCCAUUUUUAGUCUUGGAGUUUUAUGCUUGUUUCAAUAUGUACAGGUAACACUUACCAUCUUGUCUAAAAUAAAAAAAAUUUAAAAAAAAUUUUAACCCACAAACUGUGGUCGGCCAAAAAAAUCGGACUACAUUCCUGUUCUGUACUUUGGCGGCCAAAAAAAUCAGCCGAUAAAAAACACAGUCCGAAAGCAACUUCCAAUCCAAUAUUUAACCGGAAUUAUAGCCACUUCCUUUUAUUAAUAAUUAAAUCAUCUUCCUGUUCAAGCUGUUUCUUGAUAACUUAUUAAUAAGUACUUUUUCAUCGGAGUUUUAUAUCGCUGUUUUUUUAAAAGCUAAAAUGGUUGAAGCCAUGGCUGGGCCAUCAGUGCAAGAACUAAUAGAAAUAUUUUUUGAAAGCUUUUUAGGAGAGGUUUUAAGUGAUACUGAUGAUGAUUUAAAGAUUCCCCAUGACGAUAUCAGUUGAGAUUAUUCUUCUCGUGAGUUUUAUACUAGUCUUAGUGAUACUGAAGUAGACCUAAUGAGGCUACUGUUAGACUUUGAGUUAUUAGUUCAGAACUAAUAAAUUUUAUAUUUCAACAACCCAAAUCAGUUCCACAGUUCCUUUUUAAAUGUUUACUAGUCAACUAUUUUGCCUGAGAUUUUGUAUUUUCACCAAGCAAAAAUUUUUUUAAGGGGUGGGCAAUAUGGCCAACUUUAUCCCCAUCCAUUUACCUUUCUAAAAAUAUAUACUUAUAGGGGUCUUGUAUCAAUAUUUCUAUGUCAUUUAAUGCAAUUUCAAAUGGCACUCAAAAUGCUCUGAAAAGCUCCACACCACAGAAUGAUGCAUGCCACAGUUCGUGGGUUAAAGUUGAAGGGGGCUUCUUUGCCCAUAAGAAGAAUAUUAGACAACACCUGUCAAGCCAAGUUACACACCCGUUUCACAACUACCUACCCUUUGACCAUGUUGUUGUAAAGCGUGGCUGAGCACACUUAAAAUCUGAAAAUCUUUUAACAAUUUCUAUUAAAAAAACAGCAUGAGCUAUAACCAAGCAAAUGUAUAGUAGAUUUUUAAAAUAGCCGCUGUUGCAAAUUUUUUCGCUUCUUUUUAAUUGAUAACAUUUUUAAAUUUCAGAUCACUUUACUUUUACUAUCAUAUCCUGACCCUGGUUGGCUUUGUGUAUUUCACUUUCUCCGCACGGUCCAAAACCACCAAGCCUCACUCUUCCAGUGUUACCCCCCAGAAAAGCUCAGAACCACCUGUGAACAGGAAGCUGAAUCAGUCCUUGAGCAAAACAAAAGGCUCGUUAAAUCAAGACAGAGAUGACAGUCCCGUCAACUCGGAGCCGGUGCUUAGUUUACAUGACAAGUGGAAUGAAACUGAACAAAAAUCCAAAUCUGAAUGACCUGCGUAUUUUAAUGAAUGUUUUUUCAUAUUUCGCAAUAGUUAAUUUCUUAUCAAAUCAAAAUUGUUCAUUUAAGCAUUAUGGUCAGUUGCAAUAAGUAAGUGGAUAAAAACAUGCUGGAAUUUUAAAUGUGUUGAAAAUUAACUCAUCAAUUAAUCAGCAUAUUUUUGUUUGUUGAAAUAGUUAGAUAAAAAUCACUAAUGUAAUUUCAUCUGGUAAGCAACAUCAGGACAAGGUAUGAGCUCCAGGUAGUUUCAUCUGCUAGGCAACAAUAAUAAAUAUAAUCGGCACUGCAAAUAAUUUCAUCUGUUUUGCAACAUCAGUACACAUGAGCAUGCUGCAAGUAAUUUCAUCUGCUGAAUAACGUUUCAUAGUACAGUUCUAAAUAGCUUAUAACAACCAUUUAGUAUUUUGUGUGUGAUCUCUUAAAAAUCAGAAUCCCUUUUAAAAAAAAAAGUCUUUUGAAUUUUAUACAAAUUGAGAAACCGGAAUAUUUAUUACAUUUUCUUCACAACCUGUAAGUAGAUUGCUAGGCUAGACUUUAUAUAAUCAAGCAGUUCCAGAACUGUAUACAAUACUAGUUAGAUAUGGAAUACUUUCAUUUAACAUUCCCAUUUGUAAAUCGCACUAAAUUAAAUAUAUGUUUUAAAGCAUUUGUCUGCAUGCUUGAAUUCUUGACAUCAGUAGCAGGAGGUUUCCAAGAUUAAUUCCAUUCUCUCAAACAAAUAUGAAGUAAUAAGGAAGGCCUGUUAAUUUUCUUUAUUUGGAUGGCUGUGAAAGAUCGAGACAUAAAGUAUCCAAAUGUUUGUUCUAAAUGACAUGCUUUUGAGGAAUGUUUAAGAUUACAUCAGUGUGCAUUUAAAUAUUGACUUCAGAGGAAUGAUUCUUUCCUUCUUGUUUGAUAUUGUUUACUUGCUACUUAAAACUUGGAAAAUAAACAGGGUCCCCAUGUUUUUAAAUUUGAACUGAGACCUACAAAUAGCAUCAGAAAAGUCUUUGGUGCUCUAAGUGAAAGUUGGGAGACAGUGUUCUAAUUUAUUUGUAAGAUUAAAUUCAUUGGUACAAAAUCUCUUCUCUCUUUCCCCCCCCCCCCUCUCCCCCCAUAUGAUUGCAUUGCUUGGAGAGUCUAAUGUAUAUUUAAGUUUCAAUGGAUUGAGUACUGGUAUUUUUUUCUUUCUUAAAACUCAGAUUUUGCUUCUAAUUGUCUAAAGAAAGUAAAAGGAACUUGGAGUAGAGAUGAUUCAUUGAAUGAAUGGGCAUUGGGUGGCAGUGAUAAAUAAGGUUGUUUUUAUUUUUGAUCUGUUCAGGUAUAAUUUAUGGUGCACCUGUUUGUCAACUGAUUUUCACAUUUGGAGUUUAACCAUGUAUGACAUAUGUGUCUGCUACUUUUUGGAUAUGUCUGCUCCUCCUUGAUAUGUCUGCUAAUGCUUAGAGGUGUCUGCCAGUUUACUGGUUAAGAGUUAAAUUUUUAUGAGCCCUUAAGUUUCUUACAUGUGAAUAAUGAAAAAUUGCAUUUUAGAAUAAACAUAUUUUAAAUUCACCUUUGACCUUAAUUUUUUUGUUGCCUGCUUACACUCUAUUUCUUAAAUCAUCU